CGUCGCGGCUGAGACAAACGUCACGUCGUCAUAUCCGGUUGCGUGCCGCGUCGUUUGAAGUUGUUUAUGCGUGAAGUUUAGCUCGCUAAAUAAUAUCAUUUGAUUGUCUUCUUUGAAUCCAUUUAAAUUAACAUAAUAAUGUAUUAAUCGAUUAACUGAAUUCUGUUAAACGCUCUGCUUCUCGAUUGGCGCCAUUUUGUGGAUAUUCACAAUAACGAAAUUAUAUCCACACUUCAUAAAUGAUGAGUGUGUAAGGGUUUGAGUUGCAGUGUAAAAGCCGUAAUGUCUGUGAGUUUAACUCCAGAACAGCAGAGGCGGAUUGAGGAGAACAGACAGCGAGCUCUGGCCAUAAGAGCUAAGAGACACGCGCAGGGCAACAUUCAACUGCCCCUCGGAUCUGCCCCAAACAAUACCACACAGACAACAACAGCAUCUGAUCCGACACGAUCAUGUACAGUCAACAGCGAUGUCAAGCAGCUCAUAGGCAAUAAAAGUCCUUUUGCACCUCCGACAUCCAAAACUGCUUCUGCAUCCUGUAGCUUUUAUGGACAGACGGUCAAAGCACCCACAGGAGAGAAGAGGGCAUUUAAAACCCCUGAAACUGGGUCAGGUGUUCCUACUAAGAAGCCUUUGGUGACUGUUAAAGGAAGAUGUGUGUCACAUUCAGACGAUCGGUUCAGAGUGGAGGUCGGUUACAACGCUGAACUUAUAGCCGCAUUCAAAAGCAUUCCUUCCAAGAACUAUGAUCCUGCGACGAAGACGUGGAACUUCAGUCUUAAGGACUAUCAGAUGCUGAUGGACCAGGCUGCUAGUUUGCCCUCCGUCUCUCUGAAACCUCUGGAUGGAAUGGAAGGCCUGAAUAUUUUAGCGUCCACCAGUCGCCCCAAAGAUGCAGCAGCCCUGGCGGCUUUAAUGAGACUCUGUCAGGGUUGGCAGAAACCAGGUGCCACCAUCCAGGGCAAAUGUGUUCUGGUUUCUCGCUCUCGUCUGGAAGUGGAUAUCGGAUACCAGGCUGAUGUUAUUGGAAUAUUCAAGCAGAUGCCAUCUAAAUGUUAUGACAUGAACACCAGAAAGUGGAGUUUCUUGCUGGAAGACUACGGCAAACUCAUGUCACAUCUAAAUCAGCUGUCAUCGGUGGAGAUCGAACCUUUACCUCACGCUGUGAUUCAGUCCUUCUCCUCUCAGUUUGAGAAGAGUGAGUCCAGACCUGAUGUUCCUCCUGUGGCGGAUCUCUCCGGUGUCGAUCCGAAGCUUACACACAGCCUCAUGCCCUUCCAGAGAGAUGGAGUCAAUUUUGCAGUGUCCAGAGACGGCCGUCUGCUGUUGGCUGAUGAUAUGGGUUUGGGUAAAACCAUACAGGCCAUCUGUAUCGCCUCAUACUACAGGAGUGAGUGGCCGCUGCUGGUGGUCGCCCCGUCCUCUGUGCGCUUCACAUGGGCCGAGGCUUUCCGACGAUGGUUGCCGUCUGUAAGCGCAGACAGUAUUAAUGUGGUGGUUAAAGGCAAAGACAAUCUCCAUUCCGGUCUCAUUAACAUCGUCAGCUACGACCUGCUCAGUAAGAUGGACAAACAGCAACCGUCCAGCUCUUUCAAUGUCAUCAUUAUGGACGAGUCUCACUUCCUGAAGAACAUGAAGACCGCUCGCUGUAGAGCAGCUCUUCCUCUACUGAAGGCUGCUAAGAGAGUGAUCCUCCUGUCAGGAACACCAGCCAUGUCCCGACCCGCUGAACUCUUUACUCAGAUUCAAGCCGUGAAACCUUCUCUCUUUCCACGCUUCCAUGACUUCGGCACACGUUACUGUGAUGCCAAGCAGCUUCAGUGGGGAUGGGAUUAUUCUGGCUCCUGUAAUCUGAAUGAACUGAAGCUUCUUCUGGAGGAGUCCAUCAUGCUCAGACGACUGAAGUCAGAGGUGCUCUCGCAGCUUCCCGCCAAACAGCGCAAGGUGGUUACCGUGACGACGGACGGCAUCAACUCCCGCACCAAAGCCGCCCUCAGCGCGGCUGCCAAAGAGCUCGCCAAAGGAUGCCGCAACAAGACUCAAGAGAAAGAAGCUCUUCUGGUUUUCUUCAGUCACACCGCAGAGGCCAAAAUCAAAGCCAUCAUGGAAUACAUCUCAGACAUGCUGGAGUGUGGACGAGAGAAGUUUCUGGUCUUUGCUCAUCACAAGCUGGUGCUGGACAGUGUGACCAGAGAACUUGGUGAGAAGGGUAUCAAUUAUAUUCGUAUCGACGGGUCGACGCCGUCAGCGGAGCGCCAGCAGCUGUGUGAUAGAUUUCAGUUUUCCCCGCAGAGCUGUGUGGCUGUUCUCUCAAUCACCGCUGCUAACAUGGGGCUGACGCUGCACGCCGCCGAUCUCGUGGUCUUCGCUGAGCUCUUCUGGAAUCCUGGAGUCCUGAUUCAAGCAGAAGAUCGAGUACACAGGAUUGGACAAACCAGUAAUGUGGAUAUUCAUUAUUUAGUGGCUAAAGGCACUGCUGAUGAUUAUCUGUGGCCGAUGAUUCAAGAGAAAAUGAAUGUUCUGGAGCAGGUGGGCUUGUCUGAAUCUAAUAUUUCAGAGAAGGCAGAGUCUGCCAGCUUUCACAGUAAGGACCCUCAACAGCUGACCAUCACUGAGAUGUUUCAGAGGUCUUUUGAUGAAGAUGAGAUGCUGGCAUUACUCAGUGAAGAUCAGUGUCCCCAAAGUGUCACCGCAGUGACGCAGCGCGAGUUCCCUGUAACAAUGUAUUUUAAAAGGUAACGCGAUGUAACCUUGCUCUCACUUGAAAUGUGUCCCCACAUUUAGUCCUUGAAUUUGAGGGUAUUGGACCUGGAAAGUCCUUGAGUUUGCAGUUAACUAAGGUGUGGGAACCCUGUAGACGGUAAUGAUGUCUCUUGCCUCAUAAAUGUCAAAAUUAAUUCAUACUGACUUACAAGGCGCACAUGAGAAUAAGACGCAUCACCAGCCAAGUUAUGAAAAAAAGACGCGGCUUAUAGACCGAAAAAUACGGUAGUUUUGUGGUCCCGGGUCACAUAAUAGAUGUCAUAGAUUUCAUUUUUUGAAACAUUGUUUCUCUUACGCUGAAAAUAGACACAAAUAACAAACAAUGACACUAAUUUGUUAAAUG